UUGGUUAUGGUUUCUAAUAUAAUAAUGCUCCAGUUCAUUGCUGUUAUGAAUUUUUUUUAGUAAUGGGAUUUAAUUUCAUGUAAUAAAAGAAAGGGGAUGAAUGUGAAAUGAAAAGAGUGAUAUAGUGCAGGUAUGUCAGUGGCGGAACUGGGGGGUGGGAAGGGGGAGCGCCACCGCCACCCCAUAUUUUAAAAAAAUACUUUUUUAUAUACCUGAAAUUACCGUAAUGCCCUUCGCUAAUAUGAAUAUUACCAAUUCAAUUUCAUUUCCUCUCCUCUUUCUCUUUCUCUUUCAUCUGCGCGUUUCUCUUUUUUCUUUUCCCAGCCAAAGCAAAUCCACCGAACAACAUCCACCACCACACCACCGCCGGCGAGCCGCAACCACUCUCCUCCUUCUCCAUCCAUCACCGCCGCAUCCUCCUCGAUCUUCUGUAUUGAUUCUUUAGUUUAGGGAGCUGUCUCCAUCCAUCUCUCUCCACAAACCCUAAUUGUUGUAACUUGUAAGUUGGAGAUUUUCUGGGGGCUGAGGACUCAUGUUUGGUGUAUAUAAUCAAAAGAGGAAAUGUGUUAAUAGUUGGUUAAGUGAACAUGUGCUGGAGAUGCUUUGUGAUUUGCGCUUUCGUCAUCAACAGCACUAAUUUUAGGAUCAGAAAGCAUUAAUCUGAAUUUACGGAUAUUGGCAGUGGUUUUCAAUUGUUAAACUUGAUGUCUAUUAGAAAACCUCCACCCCCUCGUCUCCUCCUUAACAAUGUCUCUUGCAUGAGAAAUGCCUCGCAAGUUCUGUCCAAUGUGAAUGUCUCUCUUCAUGAUGGAGGGGCACUUGUGCUAACAGGCGCAAAUGGCUCAGGAAAGUCCACUUUCAUGCGCAUGUUAGCUGGGUUUUCUCGUCCUUCUGCAGGAGAAAUCCUUUGGAAUGGCCAUGACAUUCAAAAAUCUACAAUCUUCCAUCAGUAUAAGCUUCAGCUUAACUGGGUCUGCCUCAAGCAUGGAAUUAAUGAGAAGUCUACUGUUCUGGACAAUGUUGAGUUGUUUGAACUUCUUGAUUACAAGCGAGGGAAGGCUAAGCUUGCACUUCAGUUGAUGGGACUGGGAAGAUUGGCUAAGGAAAAGCCAAAGAUGCUUUCAAUGGGCCAGCGGAAAAGAUUGCAACUUGCCAGAUUGCUCGCAAUUGAUCGCCCCAUAUGGUUGCUAGACGAGCCUUCAGUUGCAUUAGAUGAUGAAGGUGUAAAGUUACUUGAGUACAUUAUUGCAGAACACAGGAAACAGGGAGGAAUUGUGAUUGUGGCGACUCAUUUACCCAUUGAGAUAGAAGAUGCCAUGCUCUUGAGGCUGCCACCAAGGUUUCCAAGGAGGAUGACACUUAUAGAUAUGCUUGACCGGGCAGAUAUUAGUUAACUUUUAUUUUUAUUCACAUUUUACUUCAAGACAAAAUUAAGUCUUGGAAUUAUUUAUUGCAAAUGUCAUUUGUGACAUUUUAUUAAUUCAGGAUUCCUAUGUAGUCAGCCUUUUGUACAAGAGUCUUCUUGGUCAUGCUUGUAAACUUGCAGCCUCAUGCCUAUGCUCUUGUAUCUUCCAUAAAAUAUUUCAAGAGCCCUGAAAAUAACUUUUUGUAUUGUAUACUGCUAAGAAUGAGGUAAAUGUUUUAUCUGCCAAUUUACAAAAA